GUGUCCCGUUAUCUUGGCUGCGGCUCGAAAUAGCACGUGCUGUUUAGGAAGCAGCAAGCUUGAGGCUCCUAGCUUUUUGUGUGAAUAUAUGUGUUACAUCUAGCCACAGCCAGAUAAUUCGGACAGGCCAAAAUUUACGUGUACUUCCAUUUCGCUUGCAGUUUGCAGUGCAGCAGAGUUGUAGACCAUACCCGCGUGGCAAGUAUUGCACCUGUUUCCGCCACGCCGAUGAACCCUGUCAACACCAGGGGGCGUGUAUUGUCAUGUGAAUGUAGCGCGGUGCGCGCUGAUCAGAGCACUUCCGCAGUUGUGACUAGGUACUUCGGCACGUAGUGGCUGGUCAUUUUACAAGUUUUUGGAGUACACCAAGGACCAUCAUCAGUGAAAGAGUCAAGACUGGCACUAGUGGUAGAAUGAGUCGUUUCCAAACAUCUAAAUUCAAGAAUGCCUCAGCAAACGUCGCCAAGAAAGAGCAUUGGUUCAGCGAUCUGCGUACAGGGUCGCCAUCAUCAUGCGGCAACCACAUCAAGGCCAGCUGCACUCUCAUGGCCUUCAACACCAGCAACACGGGUGGAGGCACUUUGGGCAUAAUACCACUAGAUAAAUGUGGACGGGGUUUGUCAUCACUACCCAUGUUGCAUGCCCAUGGAUCUCUAGUGACAGAUAUGGAUUUCUCACCCUUCGAUGACUACAUGCUUGCCACAUGUUCAAAUGAUAACACGAUCAAGCUGUGGGACAUACCAGAAGGUGGUCUGACAGAGAGCCUAUCCACACCUGUUGUUACCAUCCCCAAGCUAGCUAAGGUGGUCCAGAAUGUUUUGUUCCAUCCGACCGCAGAGGGUCUUUUAGCCUCCUCUUGUGACAAGACUGUUCAGAUAUGGGACAUUGGCAAGGCACAGGAAUGCGUAGCCAUGGAGGUGCAUCAGGAACAGAUCCAGGGUAUCAGCUGGAAGCAGGAUGGUGUUGUCAUGGCGACCACAGCCAAAGACAAGAAACUGAGAAUCCUUGACCCCAGACAGAACACUGUUUGCUCAGAAACAGAUGGUCAUUCUAACAACAAGGAUUCACGAGUUUGCUGGUUGGGGAGUACAGAUCUCAUUCUCUCCACUGGAUUUGACAGGGGAAGAUGCCGUGAGAUGUGUGUAUGGGACCAGCGUCAGUUUACUAGUUCUGUUUGCAGUCACUCCGUUGAUCAAUCUACUGGGACCCUAAUGCCUUUGUACGACCCUGAUACAAACAUGUUGUUUGCCGUGGGCUCUGGAGAUACGACUCUCAGAUACUACGAGGUCACAUUGUCAUCGCCGUACAUCACUGACAGGAGCACGCAGUCACUUCCCGAGCAGACAAAAGGCAUUGCCAUGGUUCCCAAGCGAGCCUUAGAUGUCAUGUCAUGCGAGGUUGCCAGGUUACUGCUGCUAACGGCGACUGCUGUGGUCCCAAUUCCAUAUGUGGUCCCUCGAAAGUCACACCGUGAUUUUUAUGGUGAGUUGUUCCCGGACACCAAUGGAGACGAGGCUGCUUUGUCGGCAGCUGAUUGGCUUGCAGGAUCUGAUAAGCAGGUUGUUAAGGUUUCCUUGGAUCCUGCCAAAUGCAAGCCAGUCAAAAAGAAGGAUAAGGAAGGGUUGCCAUCGGCUACCGCUUCAAAACCAAAGCUGGAACCCAAGCCAGCUGUUAACAAUCCACCAUCUGUAGAAACGACACAGCAGCCGAAACAGCCAAGCACAAAGCCUUCCCCAGCGUCUUCUGAGGGAGCUAGUGAGGUCACAGGCAAGCUGGCAGCAUCGUCCUUGCAGACCCAGAGGCCGUCACAACCACAGGCCAGCACUCGGGGAGAAGGAGAUAAUACUGCCAAUGACGUCCUUCAAGCAGCCAAGCCCAAGUUCACUGCGCCUACCGUCUCCAAGUUCCGUCACAUGAACUCUGCCCUCAUGCCCAGGAGCACACACAUGUUUAACCUUCACAACCUGAGCAACAGCGUCUGUGGGGAGUGUGACGUCUUCCACGUCAAUCUCAAGUGGGGGGCGGUGCCUCUCGGUGGGCCAGGCGGUUUAAUAGGAUUUGUGGAUCUGAAUAAACCUGGCAAACUUGACAGGGACUUACCGUCCAUUCAGAACGGCAACAACAUCAUGGACUUUGCUUGGGAUCCAUUUGACGACAGCCGCCUUGUGGUCGGCUGUGAAAAUGCCAAGAUCUUGGUGUGGGACGUACCUAGCGAGGGUUGGACCGAGACGCUAACCGAACCCUCUCUCAUACUCAGAGGUCACUGUGAGAAGAUCUACUUUAUAAAGUUUCACCCACAAGCGAAAGACCUCCUGAUGUCUGCUAGCUACGAUAUGAUGGUCAAAAUCUGGGACUUGAGUUCCGGGGAGGAGAAGAUAAGCUUAACAGGGCACACUGAUCAGAUUUUCAGCGGCGCUUGGAGUUCCGAUGGUAGCAAGAUUGCAACAGUCUGCAAGGAUGGAAAGAUCCGGAUUUACAACCCUAGAAAAUCCAAUGAACCCAUCAAUGAGGGGAAUGGACCACCAGGCAGUCGAGGAGCCCGCAUUCUCUGGGUCUGUAGGGACGAUUUCCUUCUUGUCUCUGGAUUUGAGAGGAAAGGUGAGCGCACAAUUUAUCUCUACUCAGUAAGUGACUUAAGUGAAGCUCUGGAGACAAUUUCUUUGAAUGUCGCGCCAGCUACAUUGGUUCCCUACUAUGAUGAGGACACUAAUGUAGUCAUCCUUACUGGAAAGGGAGACAUAUCUGCUCUAGCAUAUGAGAUUCUCACAGAGCCACCUUACUUCUAUGACGUAGCACCUUUCCAACAGCUGGUGCCUCAUCAGGGCCUGUCGUUCUUUCCUAAGAAGGUGUGUAAUGUCAGGGAUGUGGAGUUUGCCAAAGCCAUGAGGUUGACCCAGACGACCAUUGAACCAGUGACCUUCAUGGUGCCGAGGGUCAAGAAAGAGUACUUUCAGGACGACAUCUUUCCCGAUACAAGAGUGACGUGGGAGUCAGUCUUGACAAGUCAAGAGUGGCUGGAUGGAAAGAACGGUGUUCAACGCAGGAUUAGCCUCUGUCCACCAGACAUGAAAUUAUUGAGCUCCAUACCCAAAGUGGCCCCAGCGCCUAAAAAGUACGUGGCAGAAGUUGAGCUCUCCUACAAGACGGAUGAGCAGAAAAAAGAAGAGCUACUGAGUGCCAUGACCAAUAAGCUGCAGGCCAAGGAUGAACCUCUUCCCCAAGACUUGUGUGAAGGAGUUGACGAGGAUGAAUGGUCUGACUGAUGCGAGAGCCGUGUCCACAGCUACAGGUGCCGAUGGUUCCCUCCCUCCCAUUUGGGAAGGCUCCACCCCCGCCAGCACCCAGGGUCAAAGUUUGCCAGGUUUGAAUCAACAAUGCCUAAUGCACAGAGAAACCAUAAAGUUCAAAUGCCAACUUUUUAAAUGCGAACACUGUUCAGUUCUUGAGAAAAAGAAAACUGGAGAGGGAGUUGAACCUGUUACCUCCAGAAAAAAAUUAUCAGAGCUCAUCCGAGUUUAUCACUUCUGGCAGUUUUUACAUGUAUAUUCUUCCUGUCUCGUAAUUUCUUUCCUAGAAUAUAAUUUUGCAUUAAGAUUACCAUUCCAGAAAUGUACAUGCCAUUCUUUGUGCUUGUAUUUUCCAGUUUUAAAUUCUCAAUAUUUUUCUUUCAAGAAUAACAGAUACACAAUGCGAUGCCUUCAAAUCUGUGAUGGUGUCUUUGUUGCUUCACAUCAAAUAUGAUUUGAUAGAUAUUGGAUUUUCCUUGUCCAUUAGUGUCCAAUGUCCUGAGGUCGAACUCCUAAAUUCAAAAACUAAGGAAACGUCUUUCAGUAUGUUGCAACAGUUUUCCAACAUUCCUUGUGACAUUGAAUUUUUAUAGCCUUGCAGCUGCACAAAAAAACGUGACACAAAUCAGUUUAUUUUAUGCGCAUUUACAAAACAUGUAUGCAUUGUCAGUAUUAGUUAAAGUAUCUGAUAGUAUCUGUUAGAAUCUAGUAUUUUUUUUCUGCUCAGAUAUUCCGAUUAGGCGUGCAACUUCUUUCAUUUGUUAAUACGAGUUGAAAAAACGGUUGGGUUAGGUGCUGUCUGAGUUCACUAAAGUUACGUUGGGGGAGAGAGGAAGUAGGUUGAGAGGAUAAACAACUUGAUGCGACUUGGCCUCAACAAAAUGUCUUGUCCAUUGUAGUUUGGUCAUUAUUUUUAUUUACUUUGAAAGUGUUGAGUGGAUUUUCAAAUUAUCGUAGUGUUCUACUAGCCAUUUCUUACACUGACUUUUUGAGCUAAAAGUUUAAACAUACAUGUAUGUUUUUCGAGUAAUAUAUUUAGGGAAAUCAUAUUAAGGAAACAUGAAGGAUUUAUUUUUAAUACUACUUGUACAUGUACUCAGUAGUAAAGAAAUGAGGUAAUUUUGAAUAAGCAAAACUCGUCACAUUUUUAAUAGUGGUUUUUGAACCAUUUUGACAUUGCAAAACGUCAAAAGAAACUUUUGGGGUCUUUACGUUGUUUGGGGUUUUUAUACGUUAUUUGCCAGGGAAGCACAGACCCAAACAAACAAGGGCUAAAACAAAACACCAAGCUGUCUAGCUAUCUGCCCUGAGCAGAGGCACCCUCUCAUCAGUUGAAAAGAGCAAUAUUGGUCAAGCUUGUUCAUUUUGUUGGCAUUGAUGGUAUUGUUGGUACCAAAGGGGCCUCUGUUGCUAGGAAAAUUGCACCCUCGCUUGGUCCAGCUUGAGGCACAUACACGUAGACGAAUCCAAUGAGAUUUCACUUUGAUAUGCCAGGCAGCCCCCCUGUAAUGGCAGAAAGAACUGUGAUGGGUUUUUUACAGAGCAGUGGCACCAUGCAAUAGUUAUUACAUUAUGACCAUGCAAUAGUUAUCAUAUUACAUGGUCAC